CCGUUUAGUGGGCGGGGCCGUGACGGGCUCAGAUGGCGGCGGCGCUGGGUGCCUAGGCGGGCGGGGGCCAUGAGCGCCUCCCGGCCCCAGUUCAGCAUCGAUGACGCCUUCGAGCUGACACUGGAGGACGCGGGGCCUGGGCCUGAGUCCAGCGGGAUCGCCCGCUUUGGGCCGCUGCACUUCGAACGCCGGGCCCGGUUCGAGGUGGCUGAUGAAGACAAGCAGUCCCGGCUGCGCUACCAGAACCUGGAAAAUGAUGAGGAUGGAGCUCCUGCCUCUCCAGAGCCUGAUCAGGGAGUCAGCACCAGGGAUUCUGGGCAUGUGUCUAUCCGGAGCUCCCAGUGGUCCUUCAGCACCAUCAGCAGCAGCACCCAGCGCUCCUACAAUGCCUGCUGCAGCUGGACCCAACAUCCUUUGAUCCAGAAAAACCGCCGGGUAGUGCUGGCCUCCUUCCUGCUUCUGCUGCUGGGGCUAGGGGACAUCAGUUUAGGUGGGAAAUACCAGAGCCUGGCUGGGAGUCGGACGUGUAAGACCCUGCCCUCACCCCCUUCUGUCCUUCCCCCUCCACAACCCCAUGUGUGUGCAGUGCUUAUCCUGGUCGGCGUGGGACUGGAGGUGGCCCCCUCUCCAGGUGUCUCCAGCGCCAUCUUCUUCGUGCCAGGUGUCCUGCUGCUAGUCCCGGGAGUCUAUCACGUGAUCUUCAUCUACUGUGCUGUCAAAGGCCACCGGGGCUUCCAAUUCUUCUACCUGCCCUACUUUGAGAAGUGAGCUGCAUCUGGCCGGUGUGAUACCAGUGAUCCAAGGCCUCAGGCCCCUUUCUGGUGUCCACGGGGCGGUUCUGUUCCUUUCAUGUGGAAGGAAAAUGCCCUUGGGACCCUCACAGCCUCCAG